CCCUCAUUUCUGAUUUCUCACAAUGUUUGAGGAUAAGAUUUAAACAUGUACAUUUCUACACUACCCUUCUAUUGUCUUUACAUUCAGAUUCAGCUCUACCACUCUCUCUCUCUCUCUCUGAAGUCUGAACUCAAUGAGGGUCUCUUCUCUCUAAAGAGGAUAUGAGUUCAAAAGCAAGUUUUGUAACCCGGGUUUCUAGUCUUGUUGGUGGUGGUCAUUACCACUCGAAUGAAUAAGUCUGCCUUGAUAUCAAGUAAGGUAGAGAAGCAAUGGGAGAGUUUGAUAAAGACGUGGCCGAAUCUGUCAUCAGGGGAAAACACCAAAAUGGACCAAAUGCGAGCAAGAAAUGGGUCCGGGCAUCACCCACCAUGCAGGAACCAAAUCUCCACGAGCAGGGCCUAAUACGCCCGGUUUCAACUUCCAUAAGUUCACAACUCCAAUACCGCUGCCUUGUUUGUUCAGAGAAAAGCAGUUGCCCUACAGUUCGUUCAAGAACAAAGACAAUGAGUAUUUUGAUUGACAAACGAAAGCAUCAAGAAGCCCACUCCAUUUUCAAAGGCUUGAUGGAAGACGGACACAGGCCAUCUCUUGUAACAUACACAACUCUAGUAGGUGCCUUGACCCUCCAAAGGCAUUUCAAGUCGAUUCCUUUGGUUCUCUCUAAGUUGGAAGAUGACGGUCUGAAGCCCGACACCAUCUUCUUUAAUGCCAUGAUUAAUGCUUUCUCUGAAUCGCGCAAUGUUGAGGAAGCCAUGAAAAUCUUCAAGAAAAUGAAGGAGAGUGGAUGUAAGCCUACAAUAAGAACCUUUAAUACGUUGAUUAAGGGGUAUGGGAUGAUUGGCAAGCCAGAAGUAUCUUUGAAACUUUUAGAUCUAAUGUUGCGUGAAGAAAACCUGAAACCGAAUGAUAGGACGUAUAACAUACUUGCUCAAGCCUGGUGUAACAAUGAUAACAUUGAAGAGGCAUGGAAUGUGGUGUAUAGGAUGAUGAGAUACGGUUUGAGACCUGAUGUUGUCACUUACAACACGUUAGUUAAGGGUUAUACUCAGAAUGGGGAGACGAGUAGAGCUGAACGAAUGAUAUUGGCUAUGCUAAACAAUAAGGUGUCGCCAAAUCAGCGGACUUGUGGAAUUAUUGUUAAUGGUUACUGUAAGGAAGGUAAUAUGGAGGAUGCUUUGAGAUUUGUGUUCCGUAUGAAGGAACUCGGUGUGCCUCCGAAUCUCUUUGUUUUCAAUUCCCUCAUAAAAGGAUAUCUUGAUGAUACAGACACUAAUGGAGUUGAUGAGGCACUAAGUCUAAUGGAGGAAUGUGGGGUUCAACCCGAUGUAAUAACAUUCAGCACCAUAAUGAAUGCAUGGAGUUCAGCGGGACUCAUGGACAAAUGCCAAGCUAUGUUUGAUGACAUGCUGAAGGCGCGGAUUGAUCCGGAUAUCCAUGCUGUCAGCAUUCUUGCGAAAGGAUACGUUCGUGCUAGGGACCCCGAGAAGGCCGAAGCAGUCCUCACAAUCAUGGAAGAAUACGGUGUACACCCUAAUGUUGUAAUUUUCACUACAAUUAUCAGCGGAUGGUGCAGUGAUGGACAAAUGCAGCGUGCCGUAAAGGUUUAUGAGAAGAUGUGCGAAACAGGAAUUUCCCCCAAUUUGAUAACUUUUGAAACCCUAAUGUGGGGGUACGGAGAAGCAAAACAGCCAUGGAAAGCGGAAGAAUUUCUCCAAAUUAUGGAAGAGAAGGGUGUUCGGCCUGGGGAGAAUACCAUAAGGCUUCUUGCGGAUGCCUGGCGUGCUAUGGGAUUGGUGAGUGAAGCCAAUAGAAUAAUGCAUGGCGUUGAACAAGGGGAAAGAAUCACUUCAAAUCCAACUAAGAAUGAAAUUCCAGCAGAUAAUCCCGGAGCACAUAUAACGGACAAAAAUGGGUCUUUUCCUACCAGGUCAGUAACCCGGAUGGUGCUGAAUCGUUCGAGGUUCUCAUCCGAUAGGUUGAGUAGUUGGACUAAAAUGGGUUUUGCCUCGGAUUGGUGUGGGGUUGCAGCUAAACGGUUGAUGGUGUCCCAAUGUCAGCGUGACGUGCCAUUGGGAAUUUAUGCGCCAUAUCUGCAUUCUUGUAAAGUGGUGCUCUGAAAGGUCAUGCAAGGCACAGAUCUUCAGUAACUCCUCAACUGAGAUCUGUUGGCACGGAAGGAUCUUGGCAGCAUUCUGAGUAACUCGUCAACCAGGAGUUCCACCUGAAGAAGCAGGGGCCAUGGUAGCUGCAGAAAUAGGCCUUCAUUUUAUCUGGGCAGGAUCUGAUUUUGCUAGUUUAUUUAUGGAAUAUCUGCGCGCAAAUAUGUUUAUGCUGUUGCCAAUUGUUCUGGACAGAUAAGAUACUGUCAGUUCUAUAUAGAAGAAAUGGUAGUGGUUUUCCUUGGGUAAA